AUGGAGAAGCAACUUUCAGGUGAAAAAUGGUAUCACGGUUUGCUGCCACGCGAGGACAUCAAGAUGAUGCUGACACGUAAAGGCGAUUUCCUCGUGCGAACCACUGAACCCGUCGCUGGACAACCGCGAGCCUUCGUCUUAUCGGUGAUGUGGGAUCCGAGUCGCGGAGAGGAGCAAGGAAUCAAACACUUUGUCGUCAAGCAACAUGAGGGCGGCAAAAUCUCCAUCGAAAAGUUCACGUUCGACUCAAUCACCGCAAUGAUUCAAUAUCAUAUAAAACAAAAGGAAAGCAUCUCAAAACAAUCCAACGUCUUCUUGGGAGCACCGAUCGGAAGACAGCCUUGGGAACUCAAUCACGUCGACAUUGAGUGCACGAAGAAGCUGGGAGAAGGAGCGUUUGGAGAAGUGCACAAAGGAAAACUCAAGCUCAAGGGAGGAAAGAUUGUCGAUGUAGCCGUGAAAUUGGCGAAGCUCGAAGUGCUGACAAAGGAACAAAUCAAGGAGAUUAUGCGAGAAGCACGCCUGAUGCGAAACUUUGACAAUCCCAACGUCGUCAAGUUUUACGGAGUGGCCGCUGGACAAGAGCCUCUGAUGGUGGUGAUGGAAUUGGCAAACAAUGGAGCUCUUGACUCGUAUCUGCAGAAGAACAACGUCCCGAUCGAGAAAAAGUUGGAAAUGAUUGUACAGUCGGCUUGGGGCAUCGAAUAUCUUCACUCCAAAGAGGUCCUUCAUCGCGACAUUGCUGCUCGAAACUGUCUCUACGGUGAUAACAAGGUAAAGCUUUCGGACUUCGGGCUGGCAAGAGAAGGAACAGUCUACCAAAUGGAUCCCCAUCACCGUGUGCCAAUCAGGUGGUUAGCUCCUGAAACACUUCGAAGCGCAAUCUACACACAAAAAUCGGAUGUGUUUGCCUAUGGAAUCAUGUGUUGGGAAAUCCUCAACAAUGGAAUUGAGCCCUACCCAGGACUGAGUGUGGCUGAGGUGAAUGUGAAGGUCAAAGAAGGAUACCGAAUGGAGCUACCGCCAGAGCUGAAUCCGGACGUGAAGAUGGUGAUUGAAAUCAAAUGCUGGUCCGACAAUCCCAAUGAGCGCUUUGUGAUGAAGGACAUUUCAAAGAACUUGGAGCGUAUUUUGAAGAUCGAUCGCAAGAAGAUGUUAGAUCCCCCUGAACAGCAACAAAAGAAAUCGAUCCUGAAUGCCACAGCGAGCCGCAAACGAACCUCCAGGUCGCGGAUCCACCACUCUCACAAG